CACAGUGUGCGAGUUUCAAGCUGUUUCACGUUCUCUAAUAUUUUUCAACCAAAAUCAUUACGAAAAAGUUGCCAAAGAAUGCUAGAAGAAGAGAAGAAAACUUAUCGCAAGCAGAAAAGAUUUGCCGCACGUCUUAAAGGCUCUAAGGGAAUUGUUUGUGUAGAGAAACCAAAUCGCAAUGUUGUUCUAUGCAAUGUAGGAAAAGCUACAGGUUUAUUAAAAGAAGAUAUUGACGAUCUAAUAGUAAAAACUUUACCCAACAUAGCCUUACCAAAGUUGAUAGCUGAAAAGGGCGAAACACAUUCGUUUUUAGUUUUUAAUAGUGAUGAUGAUGCUGCGUUAUUCUAUAAAGAAAGUAAUGGGAAAAUUAAACUUAAUAGAACUCCAGUUUACAUGAACUUUGUUGAAAAUGUGCCUAACCUUGAAGUCAUUUGCAAACAUGACGUUCCAAACCUUCUCAUACUCAAUGAAUUCAUCACUCCAGCAGAAGAGGAUUUGUUUCUUAAGCUUUUUAAGUUUGAAGAAUCCAGUAACUUGAAGAACCGACAAGUGGCUCACUAUGGGUAUGAGUUCCGAUAUGGGAGCAAUGAUGUGGAUCUAUCAGCUCCGUUGGAACAGGCAAUACCAAAGGAAUGUGAUUUCUUGUGGGAACGGUUGAAGGAACAGGGUCUGGAUGUUGGAGUUCCUGAUCAGCUGACAAUCAACAGAUAUGAACCUGGACAAGGUAUUCCAUCCCAUGUGGACAAGCACAGUCCAUUCGGAGACACAAUCCUGUCGGUCUCUCUUGGGUCUUCAGUGGUGAUGGACUGGAAACACCACUCCGGCAAGUCUGUGCCCGUUGUGGUGCCAGCACGAUCCUUGCUCAUUAUGCAAGGUGAGGCAAGGUACGACUGGCAGCACGGCAUCCAACCCCGCACAUGGGACCCCGUGAUCCGCACGGACCCCGUCCGAGUCGUCACGGCAGACUCCCGGCCCCGUCGCGUGCGCGUGUCGCUCACGUUCCGUUGGACGAGGAGCGGCGCCUGCGACUGUCUUUAUCCCACGCUGUGUGACAGCAGGAGUGGGACUGAGAUAGACGAUGUGGCUACCAAGCUAGAAGAGAUUCAUGUACAUCAAGUGUACGAGCAAAUAGCGGGGCACUUCAGCAGCACGCGGCACAAGCCGUGGCCUAAAGUCGUGGACUUCAUGCUGGGGGUGCCGCGGGGCUCCGUGGUGCUUGACCUGGGCAGCGGCAACGGCAAGAACGUGCUGCUCCGGGACGACAUCUUACAGAUAGCAGGCGAGCGCAGCAGUGGCCUCCUAUCCGAAUGCCACCAACGACUGAGCAAUGUUGCGAAACCGACUGACUGCGUCCGAUUGGACCUGUGUUCGGCUCCGCUCCGAGACGCAUGCGCCGACGCGGCUAUAUGCAUCGCGGUCGUGCACCACUUCAGUAGUAAGCCGCGCCGCCUCGCCGCGAUCUCCACCAUCCACCGCCUACUCCGUCCGAACGGCCGCGCGCUCAUCACAGUCUGGUCCAAGGAUCAAACCCGCUCUAACUACCUCGACCAAUCCAAGCAACCAGCUGAUGAAGCUGUUAUCAACGUCCAGGGCGUCAACCUCCCCGUCCACGAAAACAGGACCCAGUUCAAACACCAGGACCUACUCGUGCCUUGGAAACUCAAAAAUGCGGAAAACACCCUUCUUAGAUACUAUCACGUGUUUGAGGAGAAGGAACUUGACGGGUUGUGCGAGGAAGUCGGGUUUGAAGUGGAGAACAGUUUCUAUGAGGAAGGGAAUUGGUGUGUUCUAUGCAGAAAGAAAUAAAUGCUUAUUUAUUCUUUAA